CGGCCGCCUGGAAUACGAAUAUACAGCCAGGUUUGGUGCGAGCGCGCUGAUUGGCCCUCUCUUUGUGCGUUCCCCUGGCGGGGUGGCUUUCCUAUCAUCAUCAACAUGGCCGACGCGGAGCCCGAUUCUAGCGCUAGCGCGAUCGAUCGGGCAAUUACGUCGGUUCUGGCUAGUUUAGAUGGCAUUUCUGAGCUAAAAUGCGAACAAGAGAAGGCACUUAAAGCUUUUCUGAGUGGGGAAGACGUUCUAGCUCUGUUACCUACUGGUUUUGGCAAGAGCUUGAUUUACCAACUGGUGCCUCUUGUGUGCAAGGCGUACUUGCAGACGGAGGGGGAAAGAAGCUCUUUGUUUCCAGGCGUGGAAAACCCCAUCGUGAUUGUAGUCUCCCCACUUGUCGCUCUGAUGGAGGAUCAGGUUAAGGAAGCAGCAAAACUGGGCAUAACCGCAGCUCAGCUUGGUGGUACUAGUGACAACAGGAUUUUGUCCGGAAGCGUCCAGCUCGUAUUCGGUAGCCCCGAGAGCUGGAUUCUUAACGACAAAUGGAGGACGAUGCUAGCGUCGGCACGCUACCGCCGCAACCUUGUAGGCAUCGUGGUCGACGAAGUCCACAUGAUGCAUAAAUGGGGCCAAGGUAAGAAAGGAAAGCCAGCAUUCCGAGAAGCAUUCAGUCGACUGGGAGAGCUGCGCUCACUUGUCAAAGAAGGUACACCUAUCCUAGCACUAACAGCAUCUGCAGACAUCCCAUCUCGAGAACGUGUGAUCAGUCUUCUCAACAUGCAAGGUGCACAGAGGAUACAUGUCUCCCCGAACAAGGAAAAUAUCAGACUUGGACUCAUGAAAGUUCCUCGUGAUGACCUGAGAUGUCUCGAUUGGGUGGUCAAGUCAAUAAGAGACAAUGGGGAAUCUGCACCGCAGACGAUUAUAUACUGUAAGUCCAUUAAGGCGAUCGGUAUGGUGUACCACUACUUACAGGCAGAGCUGGCAGAGGAUGCCUGGGUUGAUAAAGACCCAGAGCGCAAGACCAAAAACCAUUUGAUAGGAAUAUUUCACGGUAACACAUUGCCUAAACACAAACAGAAUGUACUAUCAGCAUUAAGUGAAGAUGGGAACUGUAGGGUUAUUGCUGCUACAACUGCACUGGGGAUGGGUAUGAAUUUUCCCAAAGUGUCGUCUGUCAUUCUGUAUGGCCCACCAGCAGAUACUGAAGGUGUCUUACAACAAUUUGGAAGGGCUGGGCGGGAUGGAUCUGCUGUAAAUGCAAUACUUUACUAUCAUGGUACACAGCUGAUUAAAAGUAGAUGACUCUGUCAAGUCACUUGUUGCUACAAAGCCCGACGAAUGCAUACGAAAACGUCUGUAUGGACAAUUUGAAGAAAACCCAACAAGUGUGAAACCUGGACAUCUGUGCUGCACCCACUGCCACAGAACAUGUGAUUGUACAGAUGGCUCAUGUAAUGUACCAUUUCCACAUUCUGAAGCGUUCCAGAAUAUUGUAAAACUACCUACUAGGUUCAGAGAUGUUGAUUCAGAUGACAGGGACCUGCUGAGGGAAUUGUUACAUGAAUAUCAAAGUUGUCUAUUGCAACAUUCCACAAAUCUCUUUACAAGCCCUGGAGCAUGUACUGGGUUCAGCGAUGAGUUAAUAGAAGCUGUUGUCAGUAACUGUACCCAUAUCUUUGAUAUUGAGUUCAUUUCCACUCAUCUACCUGUUUUCAGAGCCGAACAUGCGAAAGAGAUCCUCCGCAUAAUAUAUGAAGUUUUCGGUGAUAUUGAACGUCCUGAACCCUCUGCUUUGGAGGAUAUAUCACAUGUUAACGUACCAAACAUUGACUACCCUGGAUACUUUGAUGAACCAGAUAUAUUUGAUGACUGGGACGAUGACUGUCUAUUGUACAUGUAUGACAGUGCAGACAGUGAGGGCUAACUGAAAAUCCUUUGUACUUAGUAAUUUCUUAGGUACACAUGUAGUGUACAUUACAUACAGAAUAUAUACAUGUAUAUACACUUGACAUCCAUAGAGGCAGCUUAUGUGCCAAACAACUUGUGGUCUCAUGCAAAUAAGUUGGAUUUUGUGUCAUUGGAUUUAAGUUCAAAUAAUAGGUAAUAGUUGCAAUGGAAGGUUUGUGGCACAUAAUGUCAGUGCUGUCACACUCUGGUUUACAUGACUAUGCAGCGCAUCCAGUGGGAACAUAGUCCUGAUAAGAACAAUCAGGUGUAAUUACUACACAGUUUGGAUGGGUACUCUUACCGUAAUGGAAAACGGUUGAUGAGACUCUGUACAACUUGGAAAGCUAUUACAAUCACAAAGGUUUGAGUAAAGGAAAGUAACAUUAAUAUAAACAAAAAUGCAAAUGGACUGCUGGGAAAACCUUAUUAAGGC